AUGCAUGCAAAAUUCCUCCUCCCAUUCCUCGUGGCUGGCGUUCUCGCCAUGCCCAGACCCUCACCUGAAGGGCCUGCUGUCGCCCAAGGCCACGAGGCGAGCCACCUGGAGGCCCGCUCUGGGCGUCCCCCGCCCCCGCCGCCUGGGUUCAGAAGUAGCGGUCCUCCCUCCGAUUACGGCGGACCAGGCCCCGGGGGUUUUCCUCCGGGACCUCCCUCCAGCUACGGCAGGCCAGGCCCCGGGAGUUUCGCUCCGGGUCCUGCCUCGAGUUUUGGAGGCUUUGGGCCUGGGCCAGGCUCUCGGUACAUUGGGGAGCCCAUUCAAAGGGCCUCUGAUGGCCAUUUCUACCCAGGACAGUGGGUACCUCCGCUCGACCCUGACCUGCAGGAAGACUGGGGAGUUAAGUAUACUGAUCCUAACCCACCCCCGGGAAAGCGAUAUGUACCCCGUCCUCGGCCAACCCGACAAUGGCCGGGCUCAGAAGAGCCCUCUCUGUGGAAUAAAGCCGCUUCGAUGGGCAAGAAGCUUCUCAAUGGACGAGAUCUUGGCAGCAACUCGAAUGCCCCGAGCCGCAAGGCGUGCGCUCCUCCCUCGCAUCCGCAGCAGAGGCACAGCAAGCGCGAUGUUGGCGACGGUCCCGAGGCCCUGAACCACCUCGAGGCCCGCGGCAACAAGGAUUGGCAGCGCUAUGGUCGCCCUCCCCCCCGUUCUGAGGAUUUUAGUGGUAGUUUCCCUCCAUCCCCGUACGGAGGAGCACCGCCUUCCCCGUAUGGAGGAGCCCCGCCUUCCCCGUACGGAGGAGCACCGCCUUCCCCAUACGGAGGACCCCCUCCCUCGCACGGA